CUCUGCGUUUGCUCACCGCCAUUCGCUGGAGGAAGGCACGUGCGCGAAUGCGAAAGUCGUCUUCUCUUUCGCGCUGCAAAGAAAAUGACCUAACCCUCUCCCUCUCUCUCUCCUCCCUCUCUCUCUCUCUCCAAUAUCCCUCUCAGAAGAGAGAGGGGUUAACCAUCUUUCUCGAAUUUGACCCGCGGAUUCCCCUCUAUUUACACUCCUUUGCCAUCCCCCACCGCGUAAAUCUCCUAAUGAAGCCUUGGAGGUUCGGCGCUUCGCGGUGUUGGUGCUGAUCUGGACCAAUACGGCGUAGUUUUUGGUUCCGCGGCGGAGCUUCCAGUUUCUAGGGUCGGGGACGGCGGUGUUGGUCGUUCUGUAAAUAUGGAGAGAUCUAAUGGCACGGAUUUCAGGGACUUGCUUGAGCGUUCCUCGUCAGAGAAUAAACUCUUUGAUGCGUCACAAUAUGAAUUUUUUGGUCAAAAUCUGGUGGACGAAGUUGAGUUGGGGGGUUUGGACGAUGUGGAAGACAGGAAACCUUUAUUUGGGCCUGUUGAUAAUGAGUACCAUUUAUUUGACAAAGAAGAGGGUCUUGGUUUGGGAUCUUUAUCUGACGUCGAUGAUCUGGCAAGUACUUUUGCAAAGUUAAACAAAGUUGUAACAGGACCAAGACAUCCAGGAGUUAUUGGCGACAGAGGUUCAGGAUCUUUUUCACGGGAAAGUUCAUCAGCCACUGAUUGGGCCCAAGACGGAGAUUUCAAUAACUGGUUAGAUCAGCAUAUGUUUGAUACAGAAAUUUCACAGGAAGGAAAGAGGUGGUCUUCACAGCCCCAACCUUCUUCUGCUCGAUUUUCAGAAUCAAAACAGCAAAAGCCUUUGUACAGAACAUCUUCAUACCCAGACCAGCAGCCAGUCCAGCAUCACUUCUCUAGUGAACCAAUUGUACCGCCCAAGUCAGCAUUCACAUCAUUCCCUCCUCCUGGAAACAAGUUCCCACAGGGUUCACCACAUCAGCUGAAUCUUUCUGCUCUUGCCGGUGGUUCCCAGUUGCCUUUUUCUGCACCAAACCUUUCUCCUUUAUCUAACUCUAAUCUUCAUAUGGCCGGUUUACCUCUUGGGUUGCAUUAUGGAGGAAACAUGCCUCAGUUUGCCAACCCUGGCCUUCCUUUCAAUAGCAGGUCGCAAAAUCAUUGGGUUACCCAUGCUGGAGUAUUGCACGGUGAUCAUUCCAGCCUCAUAAACAAUAUAUUGCAGCAACAGCUCCCUCAUCAAAAUGGACUUAUUUCCCCACAAUUACUGUCAGCUCAGCAGCAGCAGCUACAACAGCAGAGAUUGCACCACUCGGUUCAGCCAUCUAUGGCCCAUUUUGCUGCAAUGCAGUCUCAGUUUUAUGGUACUCAUCCUUCUUCAUCACAUAAGUCAAUGCAUGGGUUGUCCGACGUACGAGAUCAUAGACCGAAAAGAGGAAAACAACGUUUUUCUCAAGGCUCUGAUGCUGGUAGUCAGAAAAGUGAGAGUGGGUGGAUCCAGUUCAGGUCUAAGCACAUGACAUCUGAAGAGAUAGAGAGUAUUCUUAAAAUGCAGCAUGCAGCAACACAUAGCAAUGACCCCUAUAUUGAUGAUUACUACCACCAGGCAAGCCUUUCCAAAAAAGCAGCUGGCUUGCGGUUGAAACAUCCUUUUUGCCCAUCUCAUCUUAGAGAGUCCCCCUCCCGAGGUCGUAAUAGUACUGAUCAGCAUACUCAUAGUUCUGUUGACGCUCUUGGGAGAAUUCCCCUCGCUUCCAUACGUAGGCCUCGCCCCCUCCUUGAAGUUGAUCCUCCCCCUGGUUCUGGCGACGGCAAACAGGUCUCUGAGAAGCCUCUGGAGCAGGAACCCAUGCUUGCUGCUAGAAUUGCUAUUGAGGAUGGCCUUUGUCUCCUUCUUGAUAUUGAUGACAUUGAUCGACUGCUACAACAUGGUCAGCCCCAAGAUGGUGGGGUUCAACUCAGGCGAAGGCGGCAAAUACUGCUAGAAGGGCUGGCGGCAUCGCUUCAGCUUGUCGACCCACUUGGUAAAGGCAGCCACUCAGCGGGGCUGGUUCCAAAGGAUGACCUUGUGUUCCUACGUAUAGUUUCUCUUCCUAAGGGGCGCAAGCUCCUUUCUAGGUUUAUUCAGCUUCUCUUCCCUGGUAGCGAGCUUGCCCGUAUUGUCUGUAUGACAGUUUUCCGUCAUUUAAGGUUUUUGUAUGGUGGUCUACCCUCUGAUCCUGGAGCUGCUGAGACAACUACUAAUCUUGCAAAGACAGUUUCUACAUGUAUAAAUGGUGUGGAUCUUCGUGCAUUAAGUGCUUGUCUUGUUGCAGUAGUUUGUUCAUCAGAGCAGCCACCACUUCGACCCCUUGGAAGCCCUGCUGGAGAUGGGGCCACUAUUAUUCUAAAAUCUGUUCUUGAAAGGGCAACUGUACUCUUAAGUGACCCUCAUGCUGCUGGAAGCUGUAGCAUUUCUAACCGCACCCUUUGGCAGGCAUCCUUUGAUGAAUUUUUUGGUCUGCUCACCAAGUAUUGCCUGAGUAAGUAUGAAACUAUAGUACAAUCAAUAUUUACACAGAGUCAGCAGAGUGCAGAAGUUAUUGGUUCAGAGGCCACCAGGGCGAUACAUCGUGAAAUGCCUGUGGAGCUUCUGCGUGCUAGUCUUCCUCACACAGAUGAGCAUCAGCGGAAGCUUUUGUCAGAUUUUGCUCAUCGAUCAAUGCCCAUUUCUGGUCUUAAUGCCCAUGGCGGGAGCGGAGGUCAAAUGAACUCUGAAUCAGUGAGGGGAUAAUGGAGGACCUACAAGUUUUCUGAAAAAAAACAUAAUCCAUCUUUGGCCGGCGAUUCUUUGAGCGGAGGUCAGAUUCUUUAACAAAGUGAAUCUGCUUGGAACGUGGCUGGCCGGGGUGUGCCAGGGAUAGUGCCUGCAUGCGUGCAUCCCCAACGAAGUAAUUUUAAAGGCUUUGCUUUUAUUUGUUGCUUAACUUUUUACUGUUUCGAAGGUCAAGAAAACAUGCGAUGCUCGGUUUGAUGAUGAAUUGAUAGUCAUGCAUAAGAAAAAUGUGUAAUGUGAUGGGGUUCCGUCUGUAUGGUACGGGGAGUUUGGAGUGUGGAAGUAUGGUUCUUCUGGGGAGCUUUUAUUUUGGUGGCUCUGUGUUGAACUGGAAGCAUAGGGAUAGAGAUAAUGUACAGGGUGUAGUCUUACAGAACCUUCAAAACUCCUUUUGUUCCAUCUCUCUCUCAUUUUCUCCCAUAUUUCAAAUUGAGUUAUCUGUCUCUCUC